AUGGGGGUGGAGCUAGAUGGAGGUUGUUGUCCCGAAACGGGCAUGGAAGGGUAUGGAAAAGAUGGUUCCCAAUUGGCUACUUGCACCCAUCGAUGCUCUGUCCAUCUCGCGAUCGGCAGCGGCGCAGUUGCAAAUGUGUUGUUGUGGAAGAAUUGGUUUGGGAGUGCUGCUCUGCUUAUCGGUUCCACCGCCCUUUGGUUACUAUUUGAAAGAGCAGGCUAUAAUCUCUUAUUAGUUAUUUCAAAUGUCUUAUUGUUGCUUGUAGUGAUGUUGUUCUUCUGGGCCAAAUCUGCAUUAUUUCUCAAUAGACCUCUGCCUCCUGUUCCUAAUCUGGACAUUUCCGAGGAAUCUGUUGUGAAAGCUGCAGAUGAGAUGCGAGUUUGGGUAAAUCGAGCAUUAUCCAUUGCACACGACAUUGCCAUUGGUGGAAAGUUGGGACUGUUUGUUCAGGUCUUUUUAGGCUUGUGGAUGAUCUCCUACAUUGGAGGUUUCUUCAACUUCCUUACCCUGUCUUAUAUUGCGGUUCUUCUUAGUUUAUCACUACCUGUCUUGUACGCCAAAUACCAAAAGCAAAUCGAUGAAAAGCUGAUUAUAGCGCGUCAGAUUAUUCAGACACAGUACCGGAAAAUCGAUGAACAAAUAUUGAGAAAGAUUCCAAUGCCUUCAAACAAUGAUAAGAAGACCCAAUAGAUUCAGUGUAAUUUCCUCAUCCUCGACUAUCUCUCUGCCCCCUUGUGACCAUAGUCCUUUUUUGUAUCAUUUGUCAUGUGUUGAUGUACUUGACAAAGUCCUUAAGUGCUCUUGUGCAUGCAUUCUUGCGUCAUUCUUAGACUAACAUACUGCGAACAAGCAUUAUCAUGAUGGGCAUGCCUGUGAGUCGUAUGAUUUAAUUUUACAAAACUUGUGUACAAUUGACAAAUAAGUGUUCUCACUUGGCAUUUCAAAA